UGCAAUUUAAGGCGUAGGUUGAAACUGUUGUUAUUCAGCCUCUGAGUUCAACUGAAGCAGUGGUAAAGCUCUCUACUUCAACAAAGGAAGAUGUGGCUCGCACAUGUAUAUUUCGUAUUGUUCAUUUGUGCAAACUCGCUCGUGGUAGGGCAGAAGCACAAUAUAUCACAGUCAGUAGAGUAUCGAUUAAGGAAUGUCCUCCUUUCUUCGUACGACAAAAUGGUACGUCCGGUGUUGAAGCCGUCAGAUGUUGUUGAAGUCAAAUUUGAUGUGCAGUUCUUGGCCCUCGCCGAAGUGGACAAUAAAGAACAAACUGUGACAGCAGAUACAGUGAUCACGCAGGUACGUUAUGAUUCAAAUCAGGAAAAGUGCAACCUUACAAGGGGUCAUAUGGAGAUCUUAACACAACGCAAUUGUGACUGCCAACAAAGUUAG